AUGAGAAUGAUUUUUCAUAGUAUAAUUACGAAGAAAAUUUUUUUAUUUCAUCAUGUCUGCGUAAGAUUUUAUAAGGAAGCUCUUCCAAAAGUAUAUAACAAAAAAAGUAGCCAUUCAAGUAAUUGGAUUCAAAGACAAAUAACAGACAGAUAUGUUUUGAAGGCAAAAAAUGAAAAUUAUAGAAGUAGAGCUGCAUAUAAAUUAAUAGAAUUAGAUAAUAAAUAUCUUUUCCUUAAAAAGAAUAAAGUAAUUCUAGAUAUUGGAUGUUACCCUGGAAGUUGGAGUCAGGUUAUUUUAGAAAGAACGAAAAAUUACUAUAACGAGAUUAUUGCUAUUGAUAGGAAAAUCAUGGAUCCUUUACCAAAUAUACAUUUUAUUAAAGGAGAAAUAGGAAAAGAUAAUAUUGAUGAUCAACUAAAGGAAAUACUUCUGGGUAAAAAAAUUGAUAUAAUCCUAAGUGAUGCAGCUGUUGCUUGCAUUGGUAACAAAAUUGAUGAUCAUUUAAAUUCCUGUGAACUUACUUUAUCCAUAACUAAUUUCAUGGAACAGUACAUAAAUAAUGGGGGAACUUAUAUUGUUAAAAUGUAUUUGGGAAGUCAAACAAAUAAUCUAAAAACAUAUCUAAAAACUAUUUUUCAAUUUGUUAAUACUGCUAAACCCAAGGCGUCCAGGAGUGAAUCAAGAGAAAUAUACCUGGUUUGUCGGAAUUUUCUGGGUCGAAAAAAAAUAAAAGAAGAUAUACAAAUUAAAGGGUCCUUUUCCCAAAAGGAGGGGUACUUCUAG